GCGGUCGCUGCGCAGCGCUCGGUGCGGCUUGGCGCUCGCGGCCUGCCCGGGGGCGGCUUCUCCCUCGGAACGCGGUGCCGGAGAGAUGAGAAGACCUGAGUAGAGUUUGACAAUGGAGGCAAGAUCCAUAGUUAUUGGUGUGGAGGGAAUGACGUGCCACUCCUGUGUUCAGGCCAUUGAACAGCAUGUUGGGAAGAUGAAUGGCAUCCAUAACAUCAAAGUAUCUCUAGAUGAUAAGAAUGCCGUCAUUAUUUAUGACUCAAAACUGCACACUCCAGCAACGCUGCAGGAAGCAAUAUAUGACAUGGGGUUUGAUGCCACGUCAGCUGGUUCAAACCCACAACCUGUUUUACCUGACACAAUUUUUCUUACUAUUCCUACUCAAUCAGCUCUAACAUCUAAAGAGCUUCGUAGCGCACUGCUGAAGAACAAAGGUAUCCUGGAUGUUAAGAUGUCUUCUGAUCAAAAAUCUGCAGUGGUGACUUUCCUUUCUUCGGUUGUAAAUGGCAAGCAGAUUGUCCAAAUGGUCCCAGGAGUGGGCUUAAGUAUUUCACCACCAGAAGUAACUCCAGGAACAUGUGAAGAUCCCAGCUGGUCUCCUGCAAGUAGUGUUCUGUUGCGCCUGAAAGUGGACGGGAUGACCUGCCAUUCCUGCACUAGCACUAUUGAAGGGAAGAUUGGCAAAUUGCAAGGAAUUCAACGGAUUAAAGUGUCCUUGGACAAUCAGGAAGCUGUUGUUGUGUAUCAGCCUCAUCUAAUUACAGCAGAAGAGAUCAAAUGCCAAAUCGAAGCUGCAGGUUUCACGGCAUCUUUCAAAAAGCAGCCUAGACCUCUUAAACUCAACAGUGUUGACCUGGAAAGGUUGAAGAAUACUCAGACCAAAACUUCUGACACAGCACCACUGAAAGAAAACACAAGAAAUGGGAAUGAUACAAAGACUGCUGUCUUCAGAAUCGAUGGCAUGCACUGCAAUUCAUGUGUCCUCAAUAUUCAAAGCACCAUAUCAAUGCUCCCAUCAGUAACAAAUAUAGUUGUUUCAUUAGAGAAUAAAUCUGCUAUUGUAAAAUACAACCCGAACUUAAUUACCAUAGAUGUACUGAGAAGUGCCAUAGAGGCAGUGUCCCCACAGACAUUUCAAGUCAGCCUCCUUGACAAAUAUGAAAAUGUAGCACUUUUCCCUGCACUGGCGUCUCCACUGAAGUCUGUGAAGGAUGCUGGCCAGCCCCUUACUCAAGUCGUUGUGAUAAACAUCGAGGGAAUGACUUGCAAUUCUUGUGUGCAGUCUAUUGAGGGAGUCAUUUCCCAAAAGGCUGGUGUAAAAUCUAUUAAUGUCUCUCUGGCAAAUAGUAAUGGAAUUAUAGAAUAUGACCCUCUGCAGACAUGCCCAGAAGAUUUGCGAUGCUCCAUAGAAAAUAUGGGGUUUGAUGCUUCUUUGCCAGAAAAGACAGGACCGCCUGUGGGAACUCAGCCCACACCCAAAGAGCAGCCAGAAUCUGCUGUGCCUACCUCCAAAAUGUUACAGGGCUUUGUUGCUAAACAGGAGUCCAAGAGCCUGUCAAAGUGCUACGUCCAAGUCACAGGAAUGACAUGUGCUUCAUGUGUAGCCAACAUUGAGAGAAAUUUGAGAAGAGAAGAUGGAAUACAUUCAGUACUUGUUGCCCUAAUGGCAGGGAAGGCAGAGGUGAGGUACAAUCCUGCUGUCAUACACCCUUCAGCUAUUGCAGAGCUCAUACGGGAACUGGGAUUUGGAGCGACCGUGAUGGAAAGCAGUGGUGAAGGAGAUGGAAUUCUGGAUCUUGUUGUGAGAGGAAUGACAUCUGCUGCUUGUGUGCACAAAAUAGAAUCCACCCUCAUGAAGACUAAUGGUGUUUUAUACUGCUCAGUAGCUCUUGCAACCAACAAAGCACAUAUUAAAUACGAUCCUGAGAUCAUAGGUCCUCGAGAUAUUAUACAAGUGAUAAAGGAUUUAGAUUUCACAACUGCUUUAGUGAAAAAAGAUAGAUCUGCUAGUCAUCUAGAUCACAGACAGGAAAUAAGGCAGUGGAGAAGGUCUUUUUUUGUGAGUCUGGUUUUCUGUAUUCCUGUCAUGGCGAUGAUGAUUUACAUGAUGGUUGUGGACAGUCAACUCUCAGAUGCUCACAGACAUCUCAACAUGAGUAGUGAGGAAAUGGAGGCCAUUCACUCCUCUAUGUUCUUGGAACACCAGCUCCUGCCAGGACUGUCUGUUAUGAAUUUUCUGUCAUUCUUACUCUGUGUCCCUGUACAGAUAUUUGGAGGCUGGCACUUCUAUAUACAGGCAUACAAAGCAUUGAAGCACAGAACUGCAAACAUGGAUGUGCUCAUUGUUCUGGCAACCUCCAUUGCGUUCGUCUACUCAUUUGUAAUUCUUCUAGUUGCAAUGGCUGAGAAAGCAAAAGUAAACCCUGUGACUUUCUUUGACACACCUCCCAUGCUGCUGGCAUUCAUCUCGUUGGGCCGGUGGCUAGAGCACGUUGCAAAGGGUAAAACCUCAGAAGCACUGGCACGACUAAUUUCAUUACAAGCUACUGAAGCAACUAUUGUUACCUUGGGCCCCGAUAACAUUCUCUUAAGUGAGGAGCAAGUUGAUGUUGAACUGGUUCAGCGGGGUGAUGUUGUCAAAGUGGUGCCAGGAGGCAAAUUCCCAGUGGAUGGUCGUGUUAUUGAAGGACACUCUAUGGUAGAUGAAUCUCUUAUCACAGGUGAAGCGAUGCCCGUGACUAAGAAGCCUGGCAGCACAGUUAUUGCUGGUUCCAUUAAUCAGAACGGAUCGCUGCUGAUUUCAGCAACCCAUGUUGGAGCUGACACAACUCUUUCACAGAUUGUUAAACUUGUGGAGGAGGCCCAGACCUCAAAGGCUCCUAUACAACAAUUUGCAGACAAAAUUAGUGGCUACUUUGUUCCUUUUAUUGUGGUUGUCUCUGUGGUUACCCUCUUUGCCUGGAUUAUAAUUGGAUUUGUGGAUUUCGAAAUAGUAGAAAAAUAUUUUCUGGGGUACAAUAAGAGCAUUUCUGCAGCUGAAGUGAUAAUCCGCUUUGCAUUCCAAGCCUCUAUCACAGUCUUGUGUAUUGCAUGCCCCUGUUCCCUGGGGUUAGCAACCCCAACGGCUGUGAUGGUUGGUACUGGAGUAGGAGCUCAGAAUGGCAUACUGAUCAAAGGAGGAGAGCCGUUAGAGAUGGCACAUAAGGUAAAUGUGGUUGUAUUUGACAAAACGGGUACAAUUACCCAUGGCACUCCAGAAGUGAUGCGUGUGAAAUACCUCGUAGAGAGUAAUCGACUGCCACAUAAUAAAAUGCUGGCAAUUGUGGGAACUGCAGAGAGUAACAGUGAACAUCCUCUCGGAGCAGCAAUAACAAAAUACUGCAAAAAGGAACUGGGUUCAGAAACCCUUGGGACAUGUACAGAUUUUCAGGUAGUUCCAGGCUGCGGCAUUAGCUGUAAAGUCACCAAUAUAGAACCAUUGCUCUACAGGAAAAAUAAAAUGGUUGAAGAAAACAAUAUGAGAAAUGUGACACUUGUAAAAGUUGAGGAACACGAGGAGGAAUUGGUGCAGCCUGCUCUGAUUAUUGAUGCUGACUUACCAACUGCAGUUACUUCUCAAAAAUACUCUGUUCUCAUUGGUAACCGGGAAUGGAUGAACAGAAAUGGCCUUCUUGUUAAAAAUGAUGUUGACAAAGCCAUGAUUGAACAUGAGAGGAGAGGUCGCACAGCAGUUCUCAUAGCUGUUGAUGGAGUGCUGUGUGGCUUGAUAGCUAUUGCUGAUACUGUAAAACCAGAAGCUGAGCUGGCAGUCUACACAUUGAAGAAUAUGGGUUUAGAAGUUGUUCUAAUGACUGGUGACAACAGCAAAACAGCAAGAUCCAUUGCCUCUCAGGUUGGCAUCUCUAAAGUGUUUGCAGAGGUUCUUCCCUCUCAUAAAGUGGCCAAAGUGAAACAGUUACAGGAUGAAGGAAAACGGGUGGCCAUGGUUGGAGAUGGUAUCAAUGACUCCCCAGCACUCGCUAUGGCUAAUGUGGGAAUUGCUAUUGGCACGGGCACUGAUGUAGCCAUUGAGGCAGCUGACGUGGUUCUCAUUAAGGAUGACUUGAUGGAUGUGGUAGCAAGUAUUGAUUUGUCAAGGAAGACUGUCAAAAGGAUCCGGAUCAACUUUGUCUUUGCGCUAAUUUAUAAUCUUGUUGGAGUUCCCAUAGCUGCUGGUGUGUUCUUGCCUAUUGGUCUGGUUUUGCAGCCCUGGAUGGGAUCUGCAGCAAUGGCUGCCUCCUCUGUUUCUGUUGUGCUUUCUUCUUUGCUGCUAAAGAUGUACCAGAAGCCAAGUUCUGAGAAACUGGAGCUCCGAGCCCGUGGCCAAAUGAAGCAGAAGAGCCCGUCAGAAAUCAGUGUCCAUAUUGGAAUUGAUGACACUGGGACAGGCACUCGUAAGCUGAGUUUAAUGGAUCGAAUCAUCAAUUACAGCAGAGCCUCCAUAAAUUCUCUCUUUUCCGAUAAGCGGUCAGUGAACAGCAUAGUUCUUAAUGAACCAGAUAAGCACUCACUGCUGGUGGGAGGUUUUGGAGAAGAUGAUGACACAAUGUUAUGAAUGAUUUCCAAAAGGAAAAGAGAAAGGAAGUAACAAAAUGGAAGAAUAAUCGAAACAACCUGAAAACUGCCUACAGGCUUGUGCAAGCAAAGAUCGUUUCUGGACGUCGUUACAGAUGCUUUUCUGCCUUUCUGGGGUUUAAUUUUAUCUAUACAGGUAUUUCUUUAAUGUAGAAAAUAAGUUUAUUUCCAAUGGCCUUCUAGUGUACUUUUUUUUAACUAGACUUGUCAAAAAGAAAAAGAGGCAGAAGCUUGCAAAUAGAGCUGUGUUUACAUGAAGCUUGAAGUGCAGCAUCUUCUGGCAGAAUGUCAAAAUACAAUUAAGGAAACUAAAGAAGCAGAAAUGUGUGUUCCAGCCUUUUAAACGGGUUUCUUUAUACACAGUCAGAUUUAAUACUGUGUUUAAAAAAAUUUCAGUAUUUUACAAAUGUGGCAGUUUGUAAGUUCUGUGUUUGCAGAUAGAUGUGCCUUACUUAAAAACUUCUAGGACUGCUCUUGUUUCCACAGCCUGCAUUGUACCAGAAAUCAUUCCUCUCGAAUGCCACCAUCUCUUUUAUAAAUGUCUGGUUCCAACUUUUCUUGCUCCUAGUUUCAAAAGAGAUUUAGUGAUUGCUUCCUAACAUCAGGUUAAACCUGGGUUUAACACUAUACAUCCUUGCCCUAGUACACUCCUACAAAGAUUGUGUGUUUGAAGAUCAAACGGGCUGGGCAGCAAUGUAGCCAGUGCUUACUGCCAGAAUUAACUAGCACUCCUUAAACAAGCCAGAGUAGUUUGGUGUCACACAGACUACCUUUAAAAUAUUUACAGUCCAGUCUCUGGGGAUAUCUAACCUCAUCAAUGAACUUAUUUUUCAGAUACUGCACUAACACCAGUUGCCUGUAGAGAUAAGUGGGCCAGGAAUGGUCCGGAACCUGCUCCAUCAAGCCAAACCUUUUUAGUUUGGGAUGUUCAGAUUUAGGCUUUGUGAAUUAAGACCAACUUCAUUUGUUACAGAACUGAAAUCUCAAAAUGCGAGUUUGAUCAUUUAAUCAUGAAUAUUAAAAAUAUUCUCAAUGAGAACUAAAGUUGGUGUUCAUCACCCAGUAGCUAGCUACCUAUUUGGUAUUUAGUAAACCUUGUUUUUAAAUCCUAUGCUGAGACAGCAAUCUAAAACAAUUAUUAAGUUCAAUACUGUUGAAUUAAAUCAUAAGAUACAAAUAAUGGUGUAAACAUGUGAUUCCAAACAGUGCCACUAAAAUGUCCAAUUCAGAAUAGGACAGGGAUCUCUGUAAUGGUCUAAUUUUUAACUUAAUCUGUGAGUGCAUGGAUUGAGCACGUAAUAAGUCAAAAGCAGUCUUUACUUUUUAACUUUUUUUAACACACAGGAAAAAUACCAGUGUAAAAACAACAGAACUGUGCUGUGGGUUAUGUUGUUGUUAGUAGAUCGGUAUACAUUGCUGUAUUGCAGUGAGGACAAACAAAAUUGAUUGCUGCCACAAAUUUAAGAAACAAAGUAUUUCUGUCUCAGAAUUAGGCUCUUAAUAUCUCUACGUGAGUACAGGUUUUCACUCCCAUUAGGUUGUAUUUAUAUGUUGUGUUAUGAAAUUCUGAGAUGCACUACUGCAAAGCCAUUUCAUGAAGAUGUUUUUCUUGGUUUUCAGCAACAAAGCUAUUUCUUUCAAACUGGAUACUUACCUAAAGGCCAGCAGAAUGCUCUCAAGCAGCUUUUUGUGCUUUAAGGCUGUGUAAACAGUUUCCAAAGAUUUCAGUUGUCUUGUUAAAUGUUGUUCAUUCUCAGUGUUGUUCUCAGCAAGAUUCUGCAGAUGAAACAGGAGAUGUUUUGCAAGUUAUUGUCUGAGUUUUGCUGAUAACGGGUCAUCUAAAUCACACAAAGGCACAAGGCAGAUCCUGACAUUCUUUCAGUGACUUCCACUGCUGCGGGUGCUGCUCCAGCCCCUGCUAUGGUGCAUGUGGUCUGUAAGUGACAGACAUCGUGCCCUUACUGCAAAGAUACAGCAGUUACAUGGGAUCGCAUCCCUGCUCCGUAGAUAAAGCUGCAUGAGGAGUUUGUUCCAUUCUUGCAAAAUACAUUUUUAGAGCUGGUAUGGGUAGAAACCAAACCUCUGACAGAAGCUCACAUGAAGCGAUGCCUCUUGCUAACAGCACUGGUCAGGACUGAGCCUGGAAGUCCUUUUCAAUCCAGUUUUCCUCUGUAAGAAAACCUGCCUGUAAAUGUCUUUUGAACUCUAAUUUAGUACACAGUGCAUUUAGUGCAGCACAGCUGAUUAAGGAAGUCCAGGUCUUUGAGAACAGUUUGUCUGUGCAGCCCUGCUUCUCGCUCGCCUGAUGUGUAAUAGUGACUUGCAGAAAGCUGUUCUUGUGAUGAAAAUAUCUUACAAGGUGCUUUACAGUGAAGAACCAAAAUAUUUUUCAGUUUGAAUGUACAGUGCAAGUGAAAUAAUGUGGGAGGUAAAUGUGUUCUUAAAUGUAAAUGUUUUACUAUGUAAGUCCCUUACUCCUCUUGUAGACUGUUUGAGUUCAAGAAUCUAAAAUAUCUCUUGGAAACAUAGUUACAAAUGGAAUUAUGUAUUACUCGUUUGUUUUGUUUUCUGUAACUAUUUAUAAAACCUGUUUUAUUUAAAGAUACAUAUAUAUAUAUAUAUAUAUACACACACACACUCUUAAGGCUUUAAGCAUCACUCCGAAUCUUACCAAUAAAGUUUUAAAAGUGUAGACACUUGAAAUUUUAAAUGAAAAGGAAUGUGAAGCUGGCAGAACACAGUGAAAGCAAGCAAUUUUAUUUAUUACAGAUGUUGCUUAAAACAAGUUCCAUCCUAAUGCUUUAAAUUUGAAUGGAAGAAAGAACGCUAUUAUGGAAUGUUAAUUUAGUACUGUUACAUUUCUUUAUAUUGAGGAAAAUGCAGUUUCAUAAUUCUCAUUCUUUUAAGAUUGUUCCUCCAUUCUUAUAGUGAUAAUUAUAAACUGUAUAAUAAAAGAUCUAUCUUUAA